UAGUUUUCAUUCUGGAGGCUUGAGCUUUUUUAUCAAAUAUCAAAUGUUAAAAAAAACAUGGUUAAUGUUAUCAAUCUUUUGAAAAGUUUAUGUUUUUUUUUUAUUUAAUUUACAAAUGACAUCACCAUUUUUAACAGUAAACGGUAUUAAAUGCCAAUAAAACUCUCUGUUCUUAUGAUGGAGUUGGCCAUGAGGGAGGGAUGGAUGGAUAGCUGGCCAUGAGUCAUGACAGAGUAGUCACAUGUUGGUUUCCUGACGGAACUCUUUGAUUUGUUUGACUGUUUGUCUGGUAGACUGAGCAGUGUCAGCAAAUCAAGCUUUGGCGCAGCCUGAGCCUGGACUUGGAUCUCAUCAAAACUGACAAAUUCAACUGAACAUCACUUUGCUUGUCUUUCCUCUUAUGAUUUUCUGGUUCCAGUUCCACAUCUUUCACAAUAGAUUCUACAUUGAAAUACAAAAUAAAUAUGAGAUGACAACAAUAAGAAGCAAGUUUGUCCCUUGUAGCUUUGGAUAGGUUCAGUUUUUAACGAGUCCCAAGUUCCAAGAUCCAACACAGUUCAAUUCGUUGGGCGGUGCCCAUAGGUACGUUGGCAUCUUUUACAAAGAUCAUAAGAUCAAGAAGGACUAAUGCAUCUUCUUCUUCCCAAAGAGGCAAUUACACAUAACAUGGCCAACAUAUAUGUAUAAAUUAUUUGAGGUUUUGAGAUGACAGCCUAGCAAAUAUCAAAACCCUUCUUUCUCUCUCUCUUUAUCAUUUAUCAUGCUUUAGUUUAGAGAAGGCCACAUAGCCACUUCCCUUUCUCUUCACUCGCCUCUGUUCAUCUACACAUUAUCUAUGGUUAUGGCACCUCAUAACAAUGGCAAUGGUGCACAAGAGGACACAACGUUCACUAAGAUCUUUGUCGGUGGGCUUGCAUGGGAGACACAGCGUGACACCGUGCGCCGAUUCUUUUGCUCAGUUCGGUGAGAUCCUUGAGGCUGUUGUCAUCACCGAUAAACACACCGGCCGUUCCAAAGGCUAUGGCUUUGUUACAUUUAAGGACGCAGAUGCAGCAACGAGGGCUUGCCAUGAUUCAACACCGGUGAUUGAUGGUCGGAGAGCUAACUGCAACCUCGCUUCGCUCGGCGCUAUCCACCGCCCCACGGCCACCCGCUCCUCGUUAUGCAAUGAGACGGUUAUUGUCACCUACAACUCAUCAACCAGCUCCAUACUCCUAUUACUAUCCUGUUUACAGAUACUCUGGAGGGUUUAACCCAGAGAGCAUGUACCCAAUGUUUUCUCCCUACUAUGGAAUUUAUCAUCACAACAUGUACAGCUACUGUCCCCAAUAUUAUCAUCAUCUACAAUAUUAUUAUGGAUAUGGUUCAUCAACAUUCUCAGGUCAGACACUCUCUUCCAGUGAUCUAACUGAUUGGCUAGCAUUGAAGACAGUGACUGUCUCUUGUUCUGUGUAGCAGGUGUCUGCUCUCCGGCGAUGGCCGGUGCUGCAUUGGAGCCAUAACUAUCAUCUUACAAAUCCAUGCAUGCAUGCAUGCAUGCAUGAUAUUCUUAUACUUAUGUUCUCUAGGUCCUUCUCUUGAUUCAUCCUCUAAUUAAUAUAUAAUCCUAAUUAGAUCACCAUUUAUUUAAUGCCAUUGUUUUCAUUGGAAUAAUACUUCACUUCAUUUUGUUAACAUU